UGCAGAUUUUCAAAGUACUCCUCAACAUCCCGCUCAUCCUGCGUGAACAACGUGUCGAGCACAAUCUUUCUUCCGCACACGUCAAUAGCCGUGCUGAAGUAUUUCUCCAGUUUCCUGCACGGCGUGUCUGUAUCCCUCUCAUCAUCAUCCUCCCCGGGACCUCCUGACCUGCUGCGACUCAGGAAGAGCAGGUCCCAAAUGUUGCCUUGGUCGAACUCUGAUAAGUCCGGAAAGCAGUGUGUCAAGAUGUCCGCUACACACGUGAACUGCAAGUGGAUGUGUUUGAGGUCGCUGACGGAGAAGAGUCCGGCCCAGCUCACCUGAGGGUCUCCGGAGACUCCCUCAGCUCUGCGUUUCUGUCGCUGUAGCGUCCGGUUGUGGCAGGUGACGGCGAAUUUACACUCGAUGACGCUCCACUGUACGAUGAAACCCAGCUUAAACGUCUCCGGUUCUUCAAAUAUGUUACUUUUCACCGCCACCCACCCAUCCAGACUGUCCAAACGCUCAGUUUCUACGUUAUUCAUCUUAAAAACAGUUGUUUCACUUCGGCCCCCGAGAAGCUUUUGGCUCUGUUUACCAUGUCAGCCAUUGAUGUGACGUAAGCCGCCUUCAAGGAUCUCUGAUAUAUCCGGAACUAUCUGCUUCACUAGAGCACAACAUUUAAAAAUAUAACAACUGCAUUUGCCAUUUUGAUACAAUCCCAUCGACUUACAACUCUUUUUAUAUAUAUAGUAUUGUAUAUAUUAUAUGGUUAGAACGGUUAAGUAUUGCUUGAUUUCUAACGUAACAUCAUCAGUAUUAGCUAUUUUAGUUCGUUUCCAAUGUACUGAAAUAGCAAAUUGUGUUAUUAACGAGGAACCAGGAAGGCAUCAUAAUAUCCAUGCAAUGUUUUCAACUUCGACCUUUGAAUCACAUGUUAGGGGAAUUCCACCUCCUUAAUAGCAAUACAUGAAAACUGAUAUCGGUUUUAAGUUACAUAAGUAUACAGUGUUAUCAAAACGAAGGUUUAUUAUUAGUUGUGUGCUUUCUUUCAAUAAAUAUCCAACUUUCUGCAUGUGUGUGUUUGGCAUUCCUAUGAUAUUUGAGCAAUCCGAGUAGCCUACCAUCUAUUUUCGUCACAGCUGCUGGGUGAGGGUUGGACUGCCCACAGAGCUGAUUUGUCGGAGACCCGUGUUGGCCUAAAAUGGCCGUUGAGAACCGACUGGUUUGCUGAUUUAUCAAGAAACUUUUGGAACUCCCACAGCCUCUUCUCAUGGACUUGUUUGAGAUCAGAGGAGGCACACUUGAUGUGAUUGCAGAGGAAGCUGAGCACCAGGAUUUGAGCAGAAACUCAACCAUAAUGGCAGACAGAGAAGCGAGGGCCACCCGAGGUGUGUCCACCUACCAGAGGUUUUCUGUGGACACUAAUGAGUCCCUUCAUUUUGAGCCCUGUGAGGACAGCCUUCCUUCUCCCACUCCACCAGAAUAUGAACUGGAUGAUGACAAUGUGUUCAAAGAAGGAGAAACUGAGAGUGAGAUUGUCACAGUCAGGAAUCAAUUGCAAGGGAAAGUUGCUGAAAUGGAGAACUUUGCAGGUCAUCUGGAAGAAAUCUUUCUCACUGUGGAGGAGAAUUUUGGCCGCCAGGAGCAGCACUUGGAGCAACACUACAACGAUGUGCUACUCACGCUAUCUCAGCGUUACGACGAGAGGGCGGCGGGCCUGGAGGAGGAGAAGAAGGGCAAGCUGGAGGCGCUGUACAAGCAGCUGCUGGGCUGUGGUCGAGCCAUGGAUGCCUCCAAGGAGCUCAUUGAGACGGCCCAGAAGGUGUACCGCAGCCAGGACAAGAGGCUAUUCCUGAAGGCAGUUAUGCCCACCAUUAAAAGAAUUGAGGACUUUGCCAAAGAGGAGGUAGUGCUCACGUUGUCUACAAGUCUGGAGUUUAACACACCCCUCUCUGACAUGUCGGAUGUUAAAACCAUGAUGGACUCCAUCAACGUUGUUCCAGCUCCAUCAGCCCCGGUAAUCAACCCACAGAUGCCCAACUCUGCCUCCCAGACGUCCCUGCGUGUGUGCUGGAGCCUGUUCUCCGAUGACACGGUGGAGUACUAUGAGCUCUACUACAGGCCGGUGCUGGAGGAUACACCAGCAGACAGCACCUGUGCACCACCUGUCAGCAAGGUGAAAGUGAAGGAGACCCACUGCACUGUGGCAGAUCUACUGCCAAACGCUCAGUAUGAACUCUGGGUGACUGCCACCAACACCACGGGUAUCAGCCCAGCAAGCGAGAAGGCCUUAUACAUGACAGUGCCAUCGCCACCAGUGAUAAAGCAGAGGGAAUGCACCAGCUGUCCAGAGGCUGCUCUGAUCCGCUGGGAGUCAGGGAACACCAACCCUGUAGACUCCUACACGGUGGAUCUCAGUGAGAUGGGCACUGAUGGCACCGAGAACGCUAUAACUGAGUCUAUUGUAGCCGUGCCCACCUGUCAGUGUCUGAUCCAGCUGCAGACAGGACGCCGUUACCUCAUCUCUGUGAGAGCAGUCAACAUUGGUGGGCCCAGCGACAGGAGUGAAGUUAUCACCGUCUCCACGACAGGUACACUCUUCUACCUCCUGGAGGAAACGGCCCAUUCUUGCCUGUCCAUCUCUGAGGACGGCUUCACAAUAUUAUAUGGCGACGAGGAGCUGCCAAUCAGCGCUAUGGCCUUAGACGAUAACAACACCUUUAGCAGAUGUGUUGCUGUCCUGGGGGAUCUGAUCCCGGUGCGAGGCAGACAUUACUGGGAAGUUGAGGUGGAUGAUGGGACAGAGUUCAGGAUUGGAGUUGCAUCUGAGGAAACGGAAAGGAACUCCUACCUCGGAGCCAACAACAACUCCUGGUGUAUGAGACACAUUCUCACUCCAUCCAGGCAUAAAUUUGAGUUUCUGCACAACGGCUGGAGUCCUGACCUGAGGAUCACAGUGAACCCGGUGCGGAUCGGGGUGGCACUGGACUACGAGAGGGGGACUCUGUCCUUUUUUAAUGUGGAACUGGAACAACAUCUACACACCUUCCAGUGUAUCUUCCAAAGUUAUGUCCAGCCCUGCUUCGGCCUGGAUAACCCAGGAGCUCUUACUGUGCACAAUGGUAUCGAGGCUCCCGAGUAUGCAUUCAUCUGACACCAGAAUUAUGAUGGAAUAAACCCCAGGGCUGAGAGGACGUGAAAUAACUUUGUUUUUCUUACUUACCAAAGUUCUGGGAGACAGUCCCAAAAAGUAAACGCAUAUGCCGGCUCUUCACAAUUGUAUAAACGGUGUAGGAUCCAAAGACAACAUGGCAUUUUUAAGUGUGUCUUUAUUAUAGUAUUCCAUGGGAACAGGCAUACACCAUUUUCCAAGAUAAGAAAAAAAGUUUCACUGAAUUUUACAAUAUGUAUUUAUAUCAUCAGUAACUGCAGCAGACCAAGUGUUUAAAUUAAAAAAUAGGGCUUGUUUUUGAUGAGCGAGAAGAUGCUUUUAAAAGUGUUUUAAGAAAGAAAAGAAUCCUGUAGUUAUACAAUAGUAUUCACCCUUUAAAAAAAAGGGAAAAUCCACCCUGAAUACUUUCACACUGAUAAGGGAGUAUUGUUUAAUAGUGACAUUUUCUUUACAAAAAUGUCUGUCUCUUAUGUGCAGGUUUUAGAGUCAGACUCUUAAGAAAAAGCUUUCUAUCAAGACAGCAAUAACAAAUAAAAAACUAUUUUCUAAAACCAUAAUCUUUAAUGAGCAUGAAGCCACAACAUGUGCUUUAUAAGUCAAUGUGGCGACAAAAAUAUGCACAAUCAGUGAACUAGUUGGCAGGGUUUUCUAUAUUUACAAUAGUGUUAUAGGUGGGCUUUGUGUAAAUAUGCCCACCCAUAGUAAAACCAACAGGUUCAUACUCAUUGUGUGACAUAACAGGGAAAACAAAAACUGAAGAAGAAGUACACAUGGCAAAACCUACACCAAGACAAGGAAAAAAAAACCUUUCUUCUUUAAGACCAAA